GAAUUUAGCAAGGGUGAAAAACAAAGUAGAACUGUAUCACAACACUAAAAUAUUGCCACCGGAUAAAACCACACUACCACCAUGCGUAUAAAAAAGAUAAGAUUCCGGUGAAGAUCCGGAGAAGCCAUGUCAAACACCAAAGGAGACUCCCCGGAAACCAACCGGAACCCUAACAUUCCGCCACCUGAACGCCGUCCUCUUCUCAAAAAAUCCAGAACAAUCGCCGUCUCCGAUUCCACCACUCCUCACUUCCCCGGUCCACUCUUCCCCGCCGUACGCCGCCUCUCCUCCUCCGACGACUCUCACACCUCUCUUCCACCGUCCUCCACCUCCACCUGGUCUCCACGGCGGUCAUUCGACUCCUCCGACAGCUCCAGCACCUCCGCCAGCGACACUUUCUCCGGUCAAACCUUCGGUUUUGCUGAUCGCGAUUAUGUUUAUCCGUCGUUUCUCGGUCCUAACACUACUCGCAACCGUGUCACCGUCGUUAAGCCGUCGGCGUCUAAAUCGCUACGGAAACAACCGCCGGUGUCGUCUCCGUCUCCUUCUCCGGUUCGCAGCGGUUCGAUGCGUAAAAAUAUGGCUGCUGCUGAAGGAAGUGAUGUGGCUUUGGUUCGUUCGAGCGAAACUAGGUCAAGUUCACCGGCGCCGGAGUUAGGUUCUAGAUCGGAGAGAGUUAUUAAGCCGGUGCCGGUUCAAAGUCCGGUUUCUUCGUUGACUUCUUCUUCGUCUAACCUAAUUUCAUCUACUCCUGUGAGGAAAAGUAACAGGAUCAGGAGCUCGUUGAUGCUUAAUUUGGUGGUGGCUAUAUGUUUAGUGAUUGGAUGUUAUGCAAUUAUUUUGCGGAAUGAAGUCACAAAGCUUCAGGAAAAGAAUUCUAAUCUUCUUAGAAUUUGUAGGAUUAAGGACAUUCCUAACACUGCAAGCGCUGACAUUUUGAAGGAUCAGAGUGAGGAUUCGUUAUUGUAUAUUGGCAAUACAGACAGUCGAACCUUUGCUCUGUACAUUGUUUUGUUUACUCUUGUUACACCCUUUGUAUUGUAUAAAUAUCUUGAUUUUCUUCCGCGUAUCAAGAAUAUAUCAAAGCGUGGAAAGAAUAAUAAGGAGGAGGUUCCGUUAAAGAAGAGAAUUGCAUAUAUGGUGGAUGUGUGCUUCUCGAUCUACCCUUAUGCGAAGUUACUUGCCCUUCUGUUUGCAACUAUCUUUCUCAUAGCAUUUGGUGGGCUGGCACUUUACGCUGUCAGUGACGGUAGCCUUGCAGAAUCCCUUUGGCUUUCUUGGUCAUUUGUGGCGGAUUCUGGAAACCAUGCAGAUAGGGUUGGCACCGGACCGAGAAUCGUUUCGGUAUCUAUAAGUUCAGGAGGGAUGCUGAUAUUUGCAAUGAUGCUAGGGCUUGUUUCAGAUGCUAUCUCGGAGAAGGUAGAUUCAUUGCGAAAAGGGAAAAGUGAAGUGAUUGAAAGCAACCACAUACUCAUUCUUGGAUGGAGUGACAAAUUGGGUUCACUUUUAAAGCAGCUGGCAAUAGCAAAUAAGAGCAUCGGUGGCGGUGUUGUUGUUGUUCUGGCUGAGAGAGAUAAGGAGGAGAUGGAAAUGGAUAUAGCAAAACUUGAAUUUAGUUUCAUGGGCACUUCAGUUAUAUGUAGAAGUGGUAGUCCUCUUAUACUUGCGGACUUGAAAAAGGUUUCGGUUUCGAAGGCACGGGCUAUAAUUGUACUCGCAGCAGAUGAAAACGCAGAUCAGAGUGAUGCACGUGCUUUGAGGGUUGUGCUUAGCCUUACUGGAGUAAAAGAGGGGCUGAGGGGUCAUGUUGUCGUUGAGAUGAGUGAUCUCGACAAUGAACCCUUGGUGAAGCUUGUCGGUGGAGAGCUAAUUGAGACCGUGGUUGCACAUGAUGUGAUCGGACGGUUAAUGAUACAGUGUGCUCUGCAGCCUGGCCUUGCACAGAUAUGGGAAGACAUACUGGGGUUCGAAAAUGCCGAGUUCUAUAUCAAAAGGUGGCCCCAGUUGGAUGGUUUGCGGUUUGAAGAUAUACUCGUUUCCUUUCCGGAUGCGAUCCCUUGUGGUGUAAAGGUUGCUUCAGAGGGAGGAAAGAUCAAUAUAAAUCCCCAUGAUGAAUAUAUAUUAAAAGAGGGUGAUGAAAUACUUGUCAUAGCUGAAGAUGAUGACACGUAUUCCCCUGGCCCGUUACCCGAGGUACGAAGAGGCAUCUUCCCGAAAAAAGUGGACCCGCCCAAAUUUCCUGAAAAGAUAUUAUUUUGUGGUUGGCGACGGGAUAUUGAUGAUAUGAUUAUGGUUUUAGAGGCAUUCCUGGCUCCGGGUUCAGAGUUAUGGAUGUUUAAUGAAGUGGUGGAAAAGGAGAGAGAAAGAAAAUUAGUGGAUGGAGGACUUGAUAUUUCGGGUCUUGUUAACAUUAAACUUGUCCAUCGUGUAGGGAAUGCGGUCAUCAAAAAACAUUUGGAGACUCUACCUUUGGAGACGUUUGAUUCUAUUCUGAUUCUUGCAGAUGAAUCUGUAGAAGACUCUAUAGUGCAUUCAGACUCACGAUCUCUAGCCACCCUCCUCCUCAUCCGAGACAUUCAGUCAAAGCGUCUUCCAUCUAAAGACACAAGCUCAACACCGCGUAGUGUUUCUAGUUUUUCUCAUAGCUCGUGGAUUCGUGAGAUGCAGCAAGCUUCUAACAAAUCAAUAAUAAUAAGCGAGAUCUUGGAUUCUCGAACUAGGAAUCUUGUUUCAGUGACCAAGAUUAGUGAUUAUGUGCUGUCAAAUGAGCUUGUGAGCAUGGCUCUAGCAAUGGUAGCUGAAGAUAAACAGAUAAAUCGUGUUCUUGAGGAACUCUUUGCAGAGGAGGGAAACGAGAUGUGUAUAAAGCCAGCAGAAUUCUAUGUGUAUGAUCAAGAAGAAGUCUGUUUUUAUGAAAUCAUGAUCAGGGGACGUGAAAGAAAUGAAAUCGUUAUAGGGUAUCGAUUAGCAACAGCAGAACGCGCGAUAAUAAACCCUGUAGACAAGGAUAAGCUCGUUAAGUGGUCUAGUGAUGACGUUUUUGUUGUCAUCGCCUUCGGUGAAUGAGAACUCACAUGAGCUAUUAAGAUUCACAUAGUAUAGUAAAUACCCCUCGGAAGUGUAAGAAAAAUGACACAUUACUAUCCUUUAUGGCAUUAGCCCUGUCGUGACUCGACUGUCACAAUCACUCAAAGGGGGUGGUUAGCAGUUGGAAGGACCAUUGGUUAGUUUGUAAAGUUUGGGAGUUCACAUGCUGUUAACAUGUUGUAAUGUGCUAACACAAUUGUAAUUCUAAGUGAAUGAUAUUCAUUUUUUUUUUUUUUUUUUUGGCACCGGAAAUUCUUGCUUUACAUUGC